GUAAGUGCUUGCCUUUUUUUGUUUUUAACAGCAGCAAUUUGGGUGCUCGUUUGGCUUGGUUUUAGAACAAUUUUAAUUAAGAAUUUUAACUCAAAAGAGACUUGUGUCUAAAGAAAAUGAAGGAGGAGAUUGCUGCAACAGUUUUCUUUAUAGCAAGACUGGCAAAGAAACAUGGCAAGCUGGAUCGCUCAUUCCGGGAGAGGUUUGCGGUGACUCUUACGUCUGUCCUUUUUGAGACCUAUAAAAGUCACUGGUACCCAGAGAAGCCAUGCAAAGGACAGGCUUUCCGGUGUCUGAGGAUGAACAAGGCCCAGCCGAGGGACCCUAUAAUCGAGUGUGCUUGCAAACAGAGUGACAUUGACUAUGAAGACCUGGGUUUGCCUAAAGAGAUCACCAUUUGGGUAGACCCUGGAGAGGUGUCAUGCCGGUAUGGUGAGAAAAACACACCAUUUUGUGUGACCCUUUUGGAGGGGCAAAAAGGAGACAGUGAGUUCUCGCGCAGAAUUAACAAUGCUGUGGAGCGAGCGUCUUCAGACUACCACUCGGGUACCUCUUCAGAUGAAGAAAGCUCCAACAGUAGCAUGAGCAGUAGUAGCAUGAGCAGUAGCAGCAGUGCACGUUCUGCUCCAGAGCCCAAGUGCAUUCCCACUGUGUCCAAUCCCAACAGUGUUUAUCAGUUCAGUGAAUUUGGCCCACCACCAUCCAUGCAGACCUGGUCUGCUUAUCCCAAAAGGAAGCCCUAUGCUGGUGAAGGCUACCAGCAGCAUGCAAAUGGUCAAUACCCUACACACAAUGGCUUCAAAAACUACAGACCAUCUUAUGCCUUCUCUGGUCCGCGGGUAGACAAAUACCAUUGGGUUAGCAAGAUGCGCUCUUAAGAACUGGGCUUGUGUGCAGUUCUAGUGUCUUGCUGUUUUGAGUUGUGCAGCCUUGAUGGCUGAUUUAAAUGUUAAUACUUGAAAGUAAUUAUUUAUGGGAAUUUAAUGCUAAUUGCCAUUAAUGGCAGGUUUUAAAUUCUGUUUUAAUAAAUUAUGUUGUGCACUAAGUCGAGAAAAUAAAAUCUUAUUUUUAAUCCUG